AUUCCAUGUCACAGGAACCUGGAUAAUCCGUGACAUGAUCUGUCCAAAUUUAUCUGAUUGAUCGCUCAUCUAAAUUGGAAAUCACGAUUAAAAAUAAAAACAAUUAUUAAUCUUUUAAUAGUUAUUAUUAUUCAUGAAAAAAUAUUACUUAUUAGAGAUUUUGUUCUCAUUUAAUUGCAUCGAUGAGAACGGAAGUUGUCAACUGACGCUGAGUGGCAGCUGUUAUCAGAGCAGUGCAGACUGACAGAUCUCUUCUGACUUAUUGGAAAUUUUAAUUUCGAUAUGCCUAGGAAGCAAACCUUGGUGGCUAGGCGUGAUCUUCCAAUAUUUAUUAAACAAGAACCUGCGGACUGUGGCUCAAUUACAAAUCAAUUAUUAAAUUUACCGAGUAUUUAUCCACGGCCUACUCCUGGAGCACAGGGAGGUGCAACAACAAAGACUCAGACUGAGUCGGACUUUUCAUAUUCCACCACUGAUAUCAAACAUGAAUUUGAGCAGUCUACGCCGCAUGAUGCUAGUUUUUCAGGAUAUGAGUUAAUUCAGGAGCUGGAAAAGCCGCAGGUGAAGCGAAGGCUUGAAUUGGAUAACGAAACCACAGUGGAAGGAUUUAAAACGCCCAAGCCCUGUAAGAGAAGGAAAAGUUUAGCAGAGUCCCCUAGAGGUGCGAGGUCACCCUUAGAAAAGACUCGUUAUGACACCUCUCUGGGGUUAUUAACAAAAAAAUUUGUUGGAUUGUUACGGAGUGCACCAGAUGGGGUUGUAGAUUUAAAUAAAGCUUCAGAAGUCCUUGAGGUGCAAAAGCGAAGAAUUUAUGACAUUACAAAUGUUUUAGAGGGUAUCAACCUUAUACAGAAGAAAUCAAAGAAUAACAUACAAUGGAGGGGCUCAGCCAACACCUUCACGUCGUCAGGGGAACCUUCUAUACCCCAAGUCACACAGAUCAGCACAGCCAGUGUGGACUUGCAUUCAGAUAUGGCAGAUUUACGAACGAAAGAAAAUGUUCUUGAUAAAUUAAUCGCCAACACAACUAGACAGCUGAGGAAUAUGACAGAGGACUCUGAAAAUGCUAGAUUGGCAUAUGUAACGUAUCAGGACAUACGCAGCCUUAAUUCUUUGAGGGAACAAACUGUUAUAGCAAUCAAAGCACCUCCUGAGACAAGAUUGGAAGUACCAGAUCCUGAAAACAACAUUCAGAUAUGGCUGAAAAGUACGAGAGGUGCCAUUGAUGUUUUCUUGUGUCCGGAUGAUCUACCUGGUGAUGAUUCUUCUAGCACUGGAUCAGACUCGACAGCCUCGGCUAAUGAUGGCCAAGAUGAGGUUGAUGGUGUACAGUCUAGUGAUCUUGGCCAUGAAAGUAAUGGUGAUGGGACAAGCAAACCGACCUGUUCUGGUGGUGAUAAGCUGUCGGAUAGAUUAAAUAGCAUAGAAUCAAUCAAGCAGGAGCUUUUCUCUGAAGAUUCAACAUCAGCAGAUGAGACAGCGUUGUUGAGGAACGAAAUAUCUCCUUUGUGCGGGUCAUCCUUACUUCACACGACGACAGACCAAGACAUGCCCUUCAUGCAGAUAAACCCUACAUUUAGUCUAGAUGAGGAUUACUUGUUUGGUGUCAGUGAGAACAGUUUCAAUGAACUUCUGGACGCCUAUGACCUUGGUUUUUAGCAGCUAUCAGUCAGUGGCGUGCUUUGGAUCACAGGAUGGACAUUGAUGUUCCACUGACACUUGUUGACUACUUACAUUUUAUUUUCUCACUAGCCAUGAUUUUUUUAUUUUUGUAAUUGGAUGGACAGUUAAGGAUUUCCUACAUAUUGACCCUGGCGUUUAAAUUAUUUUUCUGUACCAUGUACCGUGCCUUAACCCUAACCUGUCUAGAUAAACAGUUGCUGUGGCUGUACAGAAUAACUUAUUAUGUAUACAUAAUUUUUUAUUUGUGGAGUUAUUCGUGAUGGGUGUGUGAUGAUUAAAUUUUUGUAUAAUGUUGAACACAUUCUGUAAACAAAUUUUUAAUCAAACAUUUUUAAUUCUUUUAGUGUUUAUGUUUAGCUAUAAAGAUUUUUAAAUUAGGCAGUCUUAGUUUAUGAAUUGCUCUACCAAGGAAGUGAAAUUGCGUUAUUUAUUUGUAUUGAAAUUUUUAUAAAUUAAGAAUUCCACAGCUUUUGUUUUGUUGAAGAAUCUGGGUUAACUUAAAUUUUCAAUGCUUCAGUACUGUUAGUAAGAGACUACUAAGAGGGAAUUUUUCUUCGCCAAUUUUUAUAAAUGAAAAGCAAAUUGGUUUUCAAUUGUACUGUGGGCCAUGUGACUUUUUGAUGGCGCUUGGCCUUUUUGUUUUUUUGUAGAUCAAUUUUGGUUAAUGCAUGUUUACAUUUUUAUUUAAAUAAUGGCAGCCUGAUUGACCAUUCCUUAAGUGUUAACAUUUAACAUAAGCAGUUCAAAACAUUUUAGCAUAAAAAAUAAGAUUUAUUUUCUUUUGACAAACAAAAGAAAUAAACAAUUUUUGCUGAGUUCAUUAUUUUUGUGUAGCUGUAUUACAGUACAUACUUGGAAGUAAAUUUGACAUGUGUGUCAUGGGCAAGGUUUUAUUAACUCAUACCUUUUUGUUUUUAAACUUUCUAAAGAAAUCGCAGCAAAAUUUUUAGCAUCAUGAUGUACAUUUUUACUUCAGUGGGCUAAUAGCUUUCAUGCAAGUAAUUUAUAAAUUAUUUUGCAGUUAUUUAGAAUCUUAAAAGUUUUUUCUGUAUAAAGUACUGCCAAUUUUUUCACCAUUUCUUAUUUAUCCCUGCACAUUAGGAGAUAUUAUUUUUCUUCUCCUUCAUCUAGUUGUAAAAAAAAAGAAAAACACAAUGUUUUAAACAUGUUUGUGUUGCCUGGCUGUGUAGUUUCUCAUUCAGUUGUUGUAUACAUUUGAUUUUAGCUUCAGUUUUGUGUAUAAUUUUCAUCACUGCCUAGUAUUUAUUAUGUUCUGUCCUCACAGGUUGUACAUACAGAGAAUUUUUUUUUGUCUCCCUCCCACAUCCGCAUGUUUUAACUAGCAUAAAUCAUUGGUCUGUGUCUAGCUCAAUUAAUUACGCAGCUACAAGUGGCAGUUAUUGGUUCACUGUUUUAUUUACAUUGUAUUUUUUUUUUUUAAUCUCAUCCACAUUAUUUUUGAGCUUUUUAUAAAAAGUUUUUUUUUUAUUGUAAUGUAUGUUAAACUUUGUUGCAUAUUAAUGAGUAAUGCUGAAAUAGUAUAAGCUAGUGUAUUAUUCAUUUGGAGCAGCUAUAAUAUGGCAAUUUUUGCUUGCUACAACUAGAUUUAGUUAAUGUCUGUCUUCUCUUUAUUCUGAGACUGUUAAUUACCAAUGUAGCUAAUUGUAAAAUGAGGUUUUCUAUUUUAAAUAACCAGCAUGAUAGUUUAUAGGUUUUGAUAUUCAUGAUUUAUAAUAUAGAACUGAUAAUUUAUGUACAUAUUGCAAA